AGCAACUGGGGGUAUAAAUAGUUUGGCUACUUCGGUGGCCGGCUCUUGGCCCUUUUACUCAAAGGAAGAAGCAGCCAGAGCGGGGAGGAAAAAAAAAAAAUCAGCUUGCAAGGCAUCAUGAUUUGGACAAAUGGGCCAAGUCUCCCUACCAGGUUUCUGAUGUGGUUUCUUCUUCUGUGCAUGUUCAUCAGGAAGGUGAUGCCUGAAGACAACAUCGUUACAACCAAGAAAGGCAGAGUCAGAGGGACAAACCUGCAGGUCCUGGGGGGAACUGUGACAGCCUUCCUUGGAAUACCUUAUGGACAGCCACCCAUUGGCAGACUGAGGUUUCAAAAGCCAGAACCUCGGGAGAAGUGGUCGGACGUUUGGGACGCCACAAAACACGCCAGCUCUUGUUACCAGCACGUAGACACAACUUACCCAGGAUUUGCCGGAUCAGAGAUGUGGAAUCCAAAAACUAACCUGAGUGAAGACUGCUUGUACCUUAAUGUGUGGGUUCCUUCUCCCAGGCCCAAGAAUGCAAGCGUCAUGGUGUGGAUUUAUGGCGGUGGCUUCGAGUCUGGCUCCACCACCCUGCCGGUCUACGAUGGCAAAUUUCUGGCCAGGGUAGAAAGAGUUGUCGUGGUUUCCGUGAACUACAGGGUCGCUGCAUUUGGGUUUUUGGCUUUGCCAGGAAACCAGGAAGCUCCUGGAAAUGCAGGUUUGUUUGACCAAAGGCUGGCCCUUCAGUGGGUGCAGGAGAACAUAGCAGCCUUCGGAGGCAACCCGAAAAGCGUGACGAUAUUUGGGGAGAGCGCUGGCUCGGCCUCUGUCAGCUACCACAUCCUUUCCCCCAAAAGCCAUCCUUUGUUCACCAGGGCCAUCAUGCAGAGCGGAUCUGCCAAUGCCCCUUGGGCUGCAGUCACAGCAUCUGAAGCCAGAAACAGAGCAGUGGCUUUAGCUAAACAGCUCCAGUGUCCCACCAGCAAUGAGACAGAGCUGAUUCUCUGCCUCCAAGACAAGGACCCGAAGGAAAUACUGGAGAACGAAGUCUUUUCUGUUCCAGGUGCCUCUUUUUUGCAAAUGUAUUUUUGUCCAGCUGUGGAUGGCGAUUUUCUCUUAGACAUGCCAGAAAAAUUGAUCGAGAAAGGCCUUUUCAAACAAACGCAGAUCUUAGUCGGCGUUAAUAAAGACGAAGGCUCAGUAUUUCUAGCGUAUGGAGUCCCUGGCUUCAGCAAGGAUAGUGAUGGCUUAGUCAAUAAAACCCAGUUUGAAACAGCCUUAACUCUGGCCUUCCCAGGAGCGAGCAAACUUGCGAUAGAAUCCAUCAUCUUUCAGUACACGGAUUGGGAAAACCAGCACAGGCCGGAGCACUACUGUGACGCCGCGGAUGAUGCCGUCGGGGACUACAACAUCAUCUGUCCUGUGGUGGAAUUCACCACAAAAUUCGCCCAGCUGGGAAACAACGUGUUCUUUUACUUCUUUGAGCAUCGAUCCUCCAAGCUGCCCUGGCCAGAGUGGAUGGGAGUGAUGCAUGGCUAUGAGAUUGAGUUCGUGUUUGGGUUGCCCCUGGAGAGAAAGGUGAAUUACACCAAAGCCGAGGAAAUCUUGAGCCGGUCCAUGAUGAGACACUGGGCAACUUUUGCCAAAACUGGAGCUCCUAACGGGACCCUGAUAAACGGAGUAGGAUGGCCAGCCUUCACCAGUACUGAACAGAAAUAUUUGACCCUGAGCACCAGCACUCCAGAGAUCCUGACGAAACUCCGGGCUCAGCACUGUCGAUUCUGGAAAUAUUUUUUCCCCAAAGUCUUGGAAAUGACAGGAAAUAUUGAUGAAGCAGAACGAGAGUGGAAAGCAGGAUUCCAUCGCUGGAACAAUUACAUGUCAGACUGGAAAAAUCAAUUUAAUGAUUACACCAGCAAGAAGGAGCUGUGCAAGCUCUAAUUAAUAUGUUUACCCUUUCCAGUGUGUCCCUAGAACUCUUCAUCAGGCAAAUAUCCUGGUAGCUUUCUAACAUGUCUGGCAUUAAAUGUGUUCUGCAGAUUAAAAAAUCAAAACAACAAUGUUACAGAUAUAAUUUUGAUUCCUCAGAUCUUUCAUUUAGAUUUUCCCUCCUAUCUCAAUAAACAGUGUAUGGCAUCUGUA